AAAAAAUACGCGGCAAGGAGAGAGAGAGAUAGAGAUUAGAGAUAGCGGUGGAGAGUCGUAAGCUUAGCGGUAGGAGAUUAGAUCUUUUCCCGUCGUCGGUGACGGAGGUUAUGCCUUUUGGCUGUUGAGGUUAAAAUUAAGCUUUCAUUUUCGAGUGUCUUUUGAGAUAUGGAACAAGAUUACAUCUGCUCAGGCUGCUAUCAGUUUCGGGUUUCUUCGUUGCAAGAAGCUCUCGAUUUGCGGUUUCUUGCGCUCUCAGGUGGCUCUUUCGUUAACUGCACUUAGUGGUACUCUGACCUUCUUCUGUGAUCUUACUGAUGCAAAUUUCUAAGUCAGGGCUGAUGUCUGCAAGUUAUCGUUUCUUCGCAUAGUCCUGAAGCCCCAUCUAAACCCUUUUCCUUACAGUAAAAAAAACUGUGUUAGUCCCUAUUCCAUGUCUGGUUCUUAUGGGAGCUGACUAACGAAGGAUGUACAAGCUUCUUUUCAAGUUUUGACAAGUCGUAGCUUUGAUAGUCUUUUCCUAGAGUCUCUCUGAACCCCCUUGGUUCGUGUUGGUUCAUUGCGUCUUCCAGUCAUUAUGUUUUGCGUUCUUCUCUUGGUGUCUUUCUUUUGCUUUGCUGGUCAACCGAUUGAUUUUCAAAGUAAAUAACGGCUAGCCUACCCCCAGCGGGAGAAACUUUGAGUUGUCUACCAUACGGACUACUAGAAACUGAAGUUAUAUACGUUACAAACAAAAACUAAAGGAGAUACUUUACUUUACUGUUGCGGUGAUGGAGAGGUAUAGUUUAAUCAAAGAAGUUGGUGAUGGAACUUUUGGGAAUGUUUGGCGAGCUGUCAAUAAACAGACGGGUGAAGUUGUUGCAAUUAAAAAAAUGAAGAAAAAGUAUUUCUCUUGGGAAGAAUGUAUUAAUCUGAGGGAAGUGAAGUCGCUUAGCAGAAUGAAUCACCCAAACAUUGUGAAGUUGAAGGAAGUCAUCCGGGACAAUGACAUCCUAUACUUUGUGUUCGAGUACAUGGAGUGCAAUCUUUACCAGCUUAUGAAGGAUCGCCCCAAGCUUUUUGCAGAAUCUGAUGUCAGAAAUUGGUGCUUUCAAGUCUUUCAAGGUCUUUCUUACAUGCAUCAGCGUGGAUACUUCCACCGUGAUCUUAAGCCAGAAAAUCUAUUAGUCUCUAAAGAUGUCAUUAAGAUUGCUGAUCUUGGCCUGGCCCGGGAGAUUGAUUCGAGUCCACCUUAUACAGAGUAUGUCUCCACACGCUGGUACAGGGCACCUGAAGUACUGCUACAGUCAUAUGUGUACACGUCAAAAGUUGAUAUGUGGGCCAUGGGCGCUAUUCUGGCUGAGCUGUUAUCUCUUCGCCCUCUCUUUCCUGGAGCUAGUGAAGCAGAUGAGAUCUAUAAAAUCUGCAGUGUGAUAGGUAGCCCAACUGAAGAGACAUGGUUGGAGGGGCUUAAUCUUGCUAGCGUCAUCAAUUACCAGUUCCCUCAGCUUCCGGGUGUACACCUAUCAAGCUUGAUGCCAUAUGCUAGUGCGGAGGCAGUGAACCUUGUUGAGCGCCUCUGCUCAUGGGAUCCCUGUGAUAGGCCAACUGCUGCAGAGGCUUUGCAGCAUCCAUUCUUCCAGAGUUGCUACUAUGUUCCACCAUCUCUCCGUGCCAAACCGUCUGUUGGCCAUAGAGGGUCUCUCGAGCAUCAGCAGCAAUCCGUGAAGAGGUUGCCAGCGACUUUGACCAGUACUGCUAAUAAUAAGCCGUUCAACAGCUACGCUACUCCAAGGGCGAAUAAUGCUCCUCCUUAUGGCGCUUUUCAGACCCAGCGGAAGCAGGAGAUGUCUAAUAAGAUUAACCAGGACACAACAUGGAACAACAAACCCGUGGGAAGUUAUCACGGCAGAGAUGCUAAUAAGUAUAUACCACCACCUGGAAGGAAGAGUCCUCCAUCCAUGAACAAGAAUUGGGUAUUUUCUCGUGGGCCAUCAGAGGCUGCAAAUAAACUAGCAAAUGCAGCGGUGGGAGGAGGAAGAUGGAAUCAAAGGCAACAACAACCGGCGAUGAAGGCAGGGUGGGUGGGAGAAAGUGGUGACAUGUUCCUCAGGCCUACACAGCCUCCCAAUCCCUACUCUAGGAGAAUCGCUGGUUAA